CCCCUGAAAGGGACGGACAAGGAGCGGACGCCGCAGCAGUGAAGCGUCGCCGUGGCGCGUGCUCGGCGACACCAGCGUCGGCGCCAUGAGCAGCCUCUGCCGCUCUUCGCCGUUCUCGUCGCGCACCAAGAGCCUGCGCGAGAAGUUCGCCUCCAAGCGCAGUUAUUCCGAGUCUUUCAAGGACCCCCCGCCGGCUGCGGUCGCAUCCGCUGCCGGCUCGGCGCCACAGGAUGCCUCCUCCACCAGUGCCCGGUCCCCGCCUCGACCAGAGUCCGGGCCGGGCUUCCUGAGUCACUCGAGCGGUAGCGCGGACGCGGCCAGCGGCCUCGUGAUGCCGCCCUCGCUGCCCGGGUUCAUGCCUUCCUACACAGUCAUGCCCGAAGACGCCUACUGCAGCGCACUCGACAUCAACUGCCAACAGGGAGACCCAAGGUUUCCGUGGCAGCGUGACGCGGCAGUGCAGUGCGAUCUCCGGGGCACAUCGUUGGUCAACUCUCGCUCCUCGACGCACAUCGACGGUGGCCGAUGCUCCCCGGGUUUGUCCUCGCUCCUGAGGCCGUCGUCGCCAGCCGCAGCGACCAGGGCCAUCUCCGGCAGCAGCGUCGGCGACAUCUUCAGCACAAGCGCGGCCGGCUCGCCUCCCACACCGCCGCCACGACGUUCGACGCCGGCGCUGCAGCGCGCCCUGUCGCUGGAGCGGAGCGCGGCGCGCAAGAAGGGCGCCUCGUCCCUGCUGGCGGGACACGCCAGCGCAUCGGCCUCGCCCGGCUCCCAGCUGCCACCGGCGCUCGAGGAAGGCGGCACCGCCAACGGCAGCGCUUCCGCUGUCGCCGGCAAUGCUGCCUCCGCGGCCCGCGCGGCUUCUUGCAGUCCGCAGCGGGCGCAGCAGCCGGUCAGCCCGGAACCAAACUCACUGGCGUCUCCCAAGUCGGGUCAGGCGUCACCCGCUUUCACGAGGUCGUCUCCGGGCGAGACGACGCCCCCGCUGACGCGUCGCCCCAGCGCCGCCGAGCGCCGCAAGAUGUGCUUCGUGCGGAAGCAGACAAACUCGGCGCCAAACUCGAUGGACGAGGAAGUGCCGAGUCCGUCGUCGUCUUCGGUGUGCAGCGGCGGCGGCGCCCCGUCCACGGCCUCGUCGUAUUUGUCGCGAAACACGUCGGUCGCCUCAGCACCCACGGGCUCGUCGUCCUGCGGCACCGGGUCAGACAGCAGGCCCGGGUACUUCAACUUCGAGUCCAUGCAGCGCCUCCUCGACCUGUCCAUGAAGGUGCCCGGCGAGCGAAAGUCCUUCUAUCUCGAUAUCCCGUCGCAGGAAGGGCUCGGAGCUUGCCGUGACGGCAAAGCAGCCUACCUCAGCCUGCCGUCACCAAACCUUCAGACGGAGGAGCAGGAGAGCAGCAUCGUGUUCAAGAAACUAUCCAAGCCAGAGGAAGAAGAGGACGAGCAGGACGAGUUUGUCGAGCCGCCGGCCUCGGCACUGCACAGGAGGCAGGCACUCGUCCCACCAAAGAUGCUCACAGACGGCUACGAAAGUUCCAGCGAGGAUAUUUCCACGCAAGGAUCGGUGUCGAACGACCAGAACACGCAGAAGACGCGAAGGCGAAGCUCGAUCGUGGUGAUCCCGCCGAUGCAGAUCUGCCCGGGGGACCUGCUCGUCUACAGCAAAGUUCUCACGCACAGAAACAACCUCUUAGCAGAUAUCGACGGCUCAACCCAGUGCCUUGCAGUUUCAGAAGAUUCAACAAGAAAAGCUAAAAAUACCUGGUCUCUGUUACGGCUGUUUGACAGGGCCAACAGGGCCAAGACCGAGUGCCUUGGCGGACUCGAAGAGGUCCUCAGCACGCUCAGGCCGUCCGAGUUCUGCGACGAGCAGCUGGCCAAAUACAAGGGCAUGACGUGGGACACAUUCGUGGCAUCGCUGAAGAAGCGCGAAGCCGGCAGCGACGACGAGGACGAGGACGAUUCGAGCAGCGGGGGCGCCGGUUCUCCCAAGAGCGGCGCCGCAUCGUCUUUAGCUGCGGCCUCGUCGUCAUUCGCUGCUCCCGAAGGGGCAGGGGGCCUGUCGGUGCCAGGCGAAGCGGACCGAGGCAGCCCAACGGCGGGAGACGCGCUGCAGAGCCAGUUCCUCCGUACCAUCAACCAGACCAUCCAGAAGAACGAGGCCAAAAAGAAGGAGGCGCUGUGGGAGCUCUUCCAGAGCGAGUGUAACUUCCUCGAGGACCACCUGAUGGUCUUGAAAAACGUGUUCAUGGAGCCACUGAAGAAAAUCCAAGUGGAGGGAUACGCGAUGUUCGCAGAACCGGAGGUGCUCUUCGGAAACCUCGAUGAACUUUGUUGCGUAACUUACGCCUUCUGUAGAGAGUUUAUCAACUUCAUCCUGGCCAGCCACAACUCCGGAGAGUUUAGCACAACAGAAGUCCUUAUUAGACUUUUCAAGAAGAGCACCAAAGCAGCGGCGCUGAGGCAAGCCUACCACAGAUACACGCUCAACUACAUAAAUGCGCUCAACUACUUGGAGACACUCAGGAGGCAAGUGGAAUUCAACGAGUUUGAAAAGUGGUGCGCCCGGGACCCGCGCUGCAAGAAACUCCAGCUGACCGACUUGCUGGUGUCGCCGGUGCAGCACAUCAUGCGCGUCCCUCUCAUCCUCAAGGACAUCGAGAUGCGAACCGAGGACAUGGAGGAACGGGACUGCAUCACAGCCAUUCUCGAGACCGAGGAGAACUCGCUCCGCGAGCUCGACGACAAAAUGAAAUGGCUCAAGAAUUUCGAGCGGCUGCUGGAGAUCCAGAGAAACAUCGUGUGGCCACCGGUGUCCGAGCUAGACUCAAAACUCUACAUUCCUGAGUUCCUGAAAGUACCACUUUCAAAGCAACCAUGCGAAAGGCUGAUCGUCAGUCCUCGGCGGCAAAUAAUACUAGAGGGGCCACUGCAGAUGCUCGACACCUCUAAAAGUGGCUUUGAAGUUUAUGUGGUCCUUUUCGAUGACAUGAUCCUAAUCACAAGAAAAAAGAAAGGACUGAGCAAAAAGAAAUCGUCGCUAAACCUGGACACGAAGCCCAGCCAAGAUAAAAAGAACAAUGCAAUACAGGACGGUGUCAAGUACAUAGUCUACAAGCAGCCUCUCUCCCUGGAUCGCAUCUGCAUCCAUGACGUCAGCGCACAAGAGGGUGCAGCACACAACCUCAAGAAUGUCUUUGUAUUUGUCUGCCUAAAUCGUUUUCAACAGAUCAUCACAGUGCACACACUGCAAGCCUCAAAUGAAAGCACAAAGCUCACCUGGCUGACAAAGCUCCGGGACACCGUAGACAGAUGGAAAAGGACGCUGCAAAAUACAGUGUUCCGAAACCAGAGGAUACAAGCCAACAGUAGUGCACAGCCACCACCGAAGUAGGCCCAGGACUCCCUCACACUGCCCCAAGUGUGGGAUCUCAGAACCACGUGUACAUACACAAAAGGCACACAGGUGUGGCUUGUGCUGCUUGCACCAGCAGACGUUAAAUGCACGAACUCCACAACCUGCACAACACGUCCUCAGCGAUGUCGGGCCUGUGAGCAGUGGGCCACCGCAAAGUGUCUUGAGAACGUUCCCGGCGUUGUUCUCCCACUAGAGGUAGCGAUCCACGUGACGUGGUUGUAACUGCUGCAGCUCCUGCUGCUCGAACAUGCUGACAGGGGAAGCACAGCAUAGCGUUUCUUACACGGCUCCUGUUGAGACCAUAGCCUAGCACGGUGUUGCUCUACAUUUGUGUCCGACGCAUCUUGCUCCCAUCUGCAUUGGUUCACUGUUGGAGAUACCUACUAUGUUGCACACGCCACCCAUCAAGCACUUGGUGUCGUCAUUUGUUCUUUUGCAUGUGUAUAUAUGUGUAUGUAAGCAUGUAUAGUCACACAAUGUGCGCAACCGCGCAGGCUUCAUUUCCUGCUUUGUUCAUUAUGGCGAGUGAAAACUUUCUUGAGAAAGGAUAGAGUGAGUGAAGUGAGGGAGUGAAUCGUAUACCACUGAAGGUGCGCCAAUGCCGCACUGUUUCUUGGUCAUUUCCACUGAAAUUGUUUUUACCUACACCCGCAUCCCAAAAAUACUUGAAGCAGGAUGAUGGAGCACAGAAGAGUUAGAAUGUAAGCAUAGUGACAGUAACAAGGAGAUUCAUAUUCAGCAACAUGACUGAUGGUAAGAUAGAGAAGAUAAUCAGGAACUGCUACACUCAGAUGAAAUUAUACGUGGUAUUUGCGAUUGUCCAUACUUCACAGAGGAGUUAUUUGAACAGGGCUCUGGUAGCAAGAACUGGUGAUGCAGUACGACCGGCGCUAUAACAUCUUAUAUGAGAGAACAUAUGAUAGUGUCCAUUUAAUAGAGUCAAUGUCACACCAAAUCAAGGCGACCAAAGAACAAACAAUGCAGAAUGAACGUUCGUCGUUCGUGGAGGUGAAUAUAAUUUCACGCAGAAGUUGCGACCCUUGCACAUAGAUAGAAACUAGCACAUUGUUGUCAUAGCACUCAUUUUUUAAACUUCAUUUAAAUGAUCAUUUCUACUCAAGUUUUGAGAUCAGCUCUUUGCUCGUGUAUGCUUAAAAAACACAGUGGUCGUAGAAAGGCACCACCUAUGGCAGCUCUACGUCCAAAUCUAUCCAUACACUACAGGUGCAGAAACACAAUCAUGAAAACGAAUUUCACAAGGCAAAAAGCACCAAGUGAAAUAAUUUUUCAGUAAAAAAAUUGCUGCUAUGUGAUUUACUCAUUCUCUUUCCAUUUUGCAAUGAAUUCGGUGCCUUGGAAAUUAAACUAUUCCUUAUUUUUAUUUAGACCACAAUGCAAGCUAUGCAAAUGUCGUGUUCAGGCUUGCUUUCGCCUCAUUGGCAGGUGUGCACGAAAAAUCACACCAGGAGUGUAUCAGGUAUAAAGUAAUUGGACUUCAAUCAUUAACAAACAUUUACAUUGAAAAAUUUGAAAGUUUUACACGAAUGCGUGCUUUUUUUUAAACUAUGCUUCGAGUUAUUCUCGCGUAUAAACCGCACCCUCAACAACGAUUCGGGUAAAUUUUCUAAAAAUGAUCUCCGCGUAUUGCCGCGAAGCUGGCUUCCUUGCAUACCCACGAAGCACUGCCGUGGAGCCACCUUUGGACACUGAAAUUUGCUAUUUUUGUUUAGCUCCAAAAUUUCAGUAUUUUUUUGUGCCGGUUAUAAGCAGGAAAAUUUUGUCGCUCAUCUCCAGCUAGUUACAGUAUAAAAUUGAAUCUGAAGCACGCCAUUCUCUUUCAUGCCCCUCUGUCAUGAAUUUACACUACGAAAACAACAGAUUGAGAACAAAUCUGAUUCUGCAGUUGCUUAAUCACCUAACGCAGGCAAAAAGUGAUGCAAUGCCAUCUCAAAGCCACAGAGUUGCAUGCAGUAAGGAGAGUCACUGUCAUGAAAUAGCCUGGAGCAAAACAUGGGCAGAGAUUUCAUUUAUAUUGUAUAGAUUUAUUCUCUAUAAGUGAAUUUCAACUGCAAGGCUAGCUUGAAUGUACAGAUGUACUAAACAAAAUGUUGUUCUGUAUCUGGAACACAUACUCCUCUCUGCUACAUCUGCAGUUACACAAAAUCAUUCCCGAGUUCACUGCUUUAAAGGGGUACUGACACAAUAUUUCGCGGCCGAGAUCGCCUGCAGGAUCGAUUCCGGUGCACAUGCGCAUAUCAUCUGCAAAAUAGCAACAGCGAAUAUAGCUUGGAAGUUAUAUUUUAAAUGAAUUUUGAAGUUUACGUGAGCGAUCGACAUCCUCGCGCGACUAAUGCCUUCAAAGGGGACUCUCAGGGACCCCCUACUUCCCUCACGUUACCACGCUGCAACAAGUUAUGAUGACGUCAUAGCCGCCAUGCUUUUUUGCCGCGUUUGCUCCAGCAGCCUACUUCUCGGCGGCUGCUCACGAACCGUGUGGAAGUACGUCACAGUUCUGUGUGCUGACGUGAUCGAGCGCUGCACCUGCUAGGUGGUGAUAGUUGCACACGGAGGCUUGUUGUUUUUGAAACCGAAACUGACACUGGUCGGGAUUGAGGAGCAUGUAAUUAUCUGUCGCGCGUUGCAGCAAACGGUGUGCCGUGUUAUGACUAACAGAUCCCCAGCAACACACUGCAACAAAAAAACGCGAGGCCAAAAUUUGUGUGUCAGUACCCCAUUAACUUCCUCAACCCCGAGUGUAAUGCUGUUUGUUUUUCCAUACUGCACUCAACAUUAACAUGAACAUCGUAAAAUUUGCAGCCUGCCCACUACUACGGAUCAUGGUGUACGCAUAUGUAUAACAAAUAUAUUAGACGAGCUGAAUGUCAGUGGAAUAUGGCACCAUUGUCUAGAACACAAAAACUAUUAAUCUAUGCUUAAGAUUAUUACAAGUGCACAACACUGAAACUAUUUAAUAAGCAGCAAACAGUCCUAAUCAAGCCAGCACAUAUAACGUUUUUUUACAGCCGCUGUGGCAUGUAGAAGUGUAGUGUUCUAUAAUUUAUUAAUGAUAUGAACCUAAGAGUGCAUUUUUGCUGCAAUCUUUCAGUUAAAACAAAUCAGUGGUAAGCCAAAAAUCUUCUUUUUUUAGUUCUCAGAAUGAAAACACAGGUUGUUGUAACCAUGGGACAUUCUUGAUUCACAACAGUGCAGCACAUAAAAAUGUCACAUAGGUCUGCUGUUCCCAAUGAAUUGGCAACUUUUCUAACAACAGGCUUGUACGAAAGUUCCCAAGCUUAAAUACACUGAAGGUUGUAGUCACUUUGCUUUCAAGUUUGCUUUCUUUUAAGGAUUUAAAGACACAGUGAAGUGGGAACAAAAGAAAUCGCCUGGCAUGACCAUAUAAAUCGAUGCCCAAAAAGGCUUGACAAGGGUCAGCAGUAUUUCCGAGUAAGUUAUCAGACACACAUACUGCCAUAAAAGCGUGGGAAACAUAGCUUAUUAUUUUAUGUAUUACAACACAACAAUGAGAUGUGAAGUAUGAACAGCAGAAACUGAACACAGACACAAAGCAUAUAAAUGCUUCAUUGGCAUCUGUACUUCAUAUGAUGAUGAAAUCAGUCUUUUUUUUUCCUGCAAAAAUAAGAUGCUUGGCUUGCCAAAGCCCCCUAAUAAUCCAGCCACUCUAAUAAUCCCACUACCUCAAGUGUGAUCUUCCAAUUUCGUUUGUUCUCCCAAUCUGAACACUGGUGUUUGAUUGCUAUGCGACAGUAUAUUGCAUUUACACGGAACUUGUCAGGCAGGAUGGUUACGAAGAGGUACGCACAGACGUUGCACCUGCAGUCAUAACCAAUUGAGUUUGUAAAAGCUAGUUAUUGUCUGUACAGCAUGUUCCACGUCCAAAGACAAAACACUGUGCGCCAGCCUGCUGUCUCGAGUUGUUUCUUUAUGGACCCCCCUCCUUCGUUACACAUAUAUGUGCAUGAGUGGUUUGUGGUGACAAAGCCUGCUCCCGAGUACAGUUGUUUCUGGUAGAGGUUCGUAGGACACAAUGGCAGUUUGUAACUUAAACACUUCUUUUUUUUGCCCCCACAGGGCAAAAAAAACUAAGACACCUGGCUUAGUACACAAAAUAACCCGCUGAGAAAUGUGAUACGACGGUUUCUCGUCGAGAGAGAAGUCCUGCUGGUUAUUUAACACAUGAGGAAAUCAAGUAUACUUAGCAGCACAACCGCAGAAUUGCAUGUGUACAUAAUGCUGUAGCCAUGUAGACUUUGGAUGUACAUACAUAAAUGUUACAGAGUGUGCAUUUUGCAAACGAAACUGCAGCCAGUGCACCGCCACCCUGCUUUUUAAGCCAUGCAUGUCAGGGUGAAAAUGUAAACUUUUGUUCAUAACUUUUACUAGGUUUGUGCAUAUACACAAAGAGGUUGAUCUAAUUUACUUUUUCAUUCUUUGAAUACAUCCCUAUACUAAACAACUUGUCUAGGAGGCUCUGCAACUGUUUGUGCAGUGAAGUAUGUAUUGCUAAAAGUACCUAAAGACGAAAUUGCAAGGACAGUUGCAUGAAGCUAUUGCACAUUCUCCAAAUGGUCUUCUCAUUUUGUCAUAACAUAAUAUAAGCCCUAAUAUUUGUGGAUAAUGCAGCAACUGUUUGCCUAAAUAAAUUUGCCCAAAUAACAGACCCAUUAUGUAGCUACCUUCUCUUAUCAGGUGCAUAAUGUCUUCAUGACACUGUUUCCCUCCCAGUACCAGUAGAAAAAUAGAAUUCACGGGAAUAAAACUCGGGCAUUGACAUGUACAAACAAGCUGCAUGGACAGAAAUGAAAGGGAUGCUCAGUGCAAAGCAUCGUUACAUUCUAGAGAAAAUGUGCAAGCGCACAUAUUAAAUGCUGCAUGCUAUUACUAUCCAGUGCUUCAACUAAAUUCGUAGUAAGAAAACUUCUGUGCCCGAUUAUUGAUCUUGUCUUUCAUCAAAACUUAUGCCAAGAGAGUUUAUUGUAUUUGCAAUGUUUUCAUGACGCCAUGUCAUGCAGUUUAUCUACGAGAUGACAGAACCAAUACAGUUGUAACUCACUCGUCCAGCACUGUUAGGAAAACCCAUCUGACCCUCUGCAAUAAAUUGACGUUUAUUUACAGCCAACAAGAGAAAUGCUGCGAGCCUAACAUAUUUUUAUAAAUUUUCCAUUCAAAAGUGCUCGAGACUGUACAACGUCAUUAUUGGAUGCACGAUUGCGCAGUGCCCUAUAUCAUGAAUAGUAAGAGGCUCUCAAAGCAGUACAUUUCUGUACCAAUAUCAUUAUUUAAAUUUCAGUAGUAUAGUUUAUUAAUAGCAGCAUAAUGGGACACUACUGUUACUCCACCUAUUGUACUUUGACAGCUCUUCAACACUUAACCGUAGGGUUCAGGCACCAUCUGGUAUAGUUGUGUACCUUCACGCUUGGUUGAUGUAACUGUGAAGCUCUUAACUACUACUUAUAAAAUAAGCCAUUUUUUACUACUUUCAACACACUGCUUUUAAAGCUACAGGGCCUCCUAGGCAACAGUUCCAAUUACAACCCUGAUCCUCAAGUUAGAAUUGAAAUUUCCUUGGCUGCUUAAUAGUUAAAAUGCAUUGCACUGUGAGCAAGUGCUGAAUUUGCUUCCAGGCUGGCUGGAAGCAAGAGCAUCCUCCGAUCAUCUAUCUGUAUAAGUUUUGGUGUGCUGCUAACCUGCAAGGGUGACACCUGUUGGGGGGUCAUUCUCGUGUAAAUAUUACAUGUGCAACAAGCACUUGCUAACCUCUCCAAUGUGUAAAUAAGCGCUUCUCACACACCAAAGCCAGUGUUGUGCUUCCUCGACUCACAAGGAAAAAGCCUGCACCGAGUGUUUUGUAAUCGUCACUCUAGCAUUGUCACUCGAAGUGCCCUGAUGCACUCCCUCAAGCCACCCUGCCCUCAUCUAUCUAUCCAGUCAACAGUCGACGAACACCUGUCAAUCAAAUCAUGUUCUUCAGCAAACAUCCUUAACUCCUAGCCUCGUGCACUACAGUUGAGACACCACAUAGUCUACCACAUUCAGCAUUUUCAUCGGUCACUGCAGACUUCAAGAGGACAGUGACAAAUCCACGCGAUGUGUAAGCUAUAAAGGAAGGUCCAUAAUGUAGUCCACCUAAUACUUACAUGUUGCCGUGAGCCCGGCUAUUCUAAAUGCAGAGCACCUAGAUUAUUUUUAUAGGAACACAAUUCCUGAAGAAAAAGAUACUGUUGCUGUUAGUAAAUAUAACAUGUUAGAGUCUUGAUACACUUCUAAAAACGUGUUUUGAUUCUACAGUGUUGUAACUUGAAGGCUGGACAAAGAUCUUUUGUCUUUCUUUGUUUCCAUUCUCUGAACAAUACCUGAGCAGUAUGUAAUGUCCAGCUUUUCAAGGUUUCUCGUAUAAGAAAACACCUUAGAAAGUGCCUGGUAAUUGAGCUCAGAAUGCCAGUUUCACGAGGACAUGCCAAGAACAUAGCAAUGAGAAAUGCUUAUCUGGACAGAUCCUGUGUAAACAGUGUAAUAUAACGAAAUACGUUUCACGUUUUCG